GUAAGAGUAGCCGGUGGAGAACUUGAGGAAGAUUGAGUGUCGAAGAAUAGAGAUCGAGGCGGCCGGAUCAGAAAAUAUGUUCCAACAUCAAGGGAAGAGCAUGCACCAUGAGAUACAUUUGUUCUCGCAAGAUGGGAAUGGCCCUGGAGAUUCCGGUCUUGUUCUUUCGACAGAUGCCAAGCCAAGACUCAAGUGGACGCCCGAUCUUCAUGAACGGUUCAUCGAAGCGGUCAAUCAGCUCGGGGGUGCCGACAAGGCUACCCCUAAAACGGUAAUGAAACUAAUGGAUAUUCCUGGCCUUACCUUAUACCAUCUCAAGAGUCAUCUUCAGAAGUACAGGCUCAGUAAAAAUCUCCAUGGACAAGCUAAUAACGGCAGUAACAAGAAUGGCGCGGUUGCGAUGACCGGAGAUAGAAUGUCCGAAGCAAAUGGAACUCACAUGAAUAGCUUAAGUAUUGGCCCUCAAACAAACAAAGGCUUACAAAUCAGCGAAGCACUGCAAAUGCAAAUCGAAGUUCAGAGAAGGCUGCAUGAACAGCUUGAGGUGCAGCGACAUUUACAGCUUCGUAUCGAGGCUCAAGGGAAAUACUUACAGGCAGUGCUGGAAAAAGCUCAAGAAACACUUGGAAGACAAAAUUCGGGUAACAUCGGACUCGAAGCGGCCAAAGUUCAGUUAUCUGAACUGGUGUCCAAAGUGUCGAACCAAUGCCCGAAUUCUGCCUAUCCGGAUUUGAAAGACUUGCAGGGCCUCUGCCCCCAGCAGGGGAUAACACAAGGGACUCCACCUACUGAUUGUUCAAUGGAUAGUUGCUUGACUUCAUGUGAUGGAUCUCAGAAAGAGCAAGAAAUGCACAACAAUGGGAUUUGUUUAAGAAGAUACAACAGCAACUCAUUACCGGAAGAUCAAUCCCUACCGCAAAACAAGCUCAAAUCGUUCAACAACAUCAAAAUAGGCAAUGAAGCAGAACGAAGAAUGUUUUUCGCAGAUAAAAGCGCCAGUGAUUUGUCCAUGAGCGUGGGAUUACAAGGCGAAAAAGGCCAUCCCAGCAACAAUAGAAGAAAUGAAGAUCGAGAGAGUUUAACACUACCUUAUUUUGCAACAAAGCUGGACUUAAAUGUCCAUGAAGACAAUGCUGCUGCUUCAAGCUGCAAACAGUUUGAUUUGAAUGGUCUAAGCUGGAACUAAAAAGGGUCCGUCGAUCUUCGUAGCUGGAGAAACCGAAAGUGGUCGGAAUUCAUCGGAAGAGAAGACUCGGAGAAGAAAAUGCUGCUCUUUCUGAUUCAUCUAUGAUCAGCUUGAAAAACCAAAACUAAUUCAGUCUUUAUUCGAAUAAAGUUUGCAGCUAAAAAAGGGUAGAUUUUGGUUCUUGCAACUACAUAAAACAUUAGAUAUGCAGGAAAACAUGGAUCGAUCCGAUUCAAGCAUUAGUGU